GGGACUAUUUCUGUUGAACAGAUUCUUCCUGUAUCACUCUCUAUACGUUUGAGAUAACCACUGGUUUUAUUUGUACCUAUAGACCUAUUACUUUACUUGUUGUUCCUAUUAACAGUUUAUCGAUAACUGGAAUAUUGCUUUCGUCACGUGACCAUGGUCCGGAUAAUGAGUACACCGCUGCUUCUCCUGAUGUUGGUGGUAGAAAUUGCUUCACUUAUUAAUUCAGAAGAUACACAGCCAGGAGAAUUUCCAUUCAUGGCACGUCUCUCAUCCUACAGACCCCACUCGCACUGGUGUGGCGGAUCCCUUAUCUCUUCCCGCACCGUCCUAACUGCAGCUCACUGUGUGGAGUGGGUUGAUCCAGAUAAUAUUGUUGUUACUUUAGGGGACUACGCUUUGAACGAGACAGGAGACAUUGAGAGGAGGAUGGGGGUAUCUCAGAUUAUAGUGCACGAGGAUUUCCACCAUGGAACGUUUAACGAGCCGUUUAACGACAUCGCUUUGCUGAUAUUAGAGGAGGUAGAGUUAGAGGAGAGUGGUUACAGUGUUAUCUCCCUGCCCACUGACAGGAGUAUCUACGAGGAAGGGACCACUAUCACUAUAACAGGGUGGGGCGACAUGGGUGAUGGGAGUAGACUAAACACGCUGCAGAAAGUGGAACAGGUCCUACCUGAUCAGGGUACGUGUCUGAGCUAUUGGAAAGGAGUUGGACUGGAACUGGCAGAAGAGAGCGGUAUCCCCGCAUCGGUUGUUGAAGAAACGAUCGCAUCAGGUUGGAUAGACGGAAUGCUCUGUACAGGGACACCACCACUAGAAAAACAACGCUUCUGGUACGGAGACUCCGGAGGUCCACUAUUUGUCCAGGAUAACGGAACUUGGACCCUGGUAUCCCUGGUGAGCUGGAAUACUCCCCGGAGGACUGGAAUUGAGGGGCUUUAUGACUUUGAUAUGAGUGUUGAUGUGCUGUUUUACGUUGACUGGAUUAGAAGGAACAUGGUUUAAUGAAAGUUUGAAUAGAGAGAAAUUUGGUGAAAGUCGAGUAACUUUUCUGGCAGUGAUGAAGCUUGAAUAUUAAGGAGA